UCCCUACCCAGCGGAGCGCCGCGCCGCGGCCCGGGCAGACAGACGCGCGUGCUGAGGCGAGGCCCGGGGGGCAGGGGUGGGAGAGGCGGAGGGUGGGCCCCGCGGUCACGUGAGCCGGACCAGCUGUUCCGGGGGGCGGCGGGCCCGCGCGCCGGGAGUCUGGGGAGGGGGAAGCGCCCGGCGGCCGCCUCCGCCACUGCAGCUGCAGCCCUCGAUGUCGCCGCAGUAAUCCGGCCCCGGCAGCACCCGCACCCUCGGCGGCCGCAGCCUCAGCACCGUAGAGUGGAGCUCGGAGCUUGGAGCCCGGAGUCCGGCGCCCCAGGAUGGCUGCAGCUCCUCCAAGUUACUGUUUUGUGGCCUUCCCUCCACGUGCUAAGGAUGGUCUGGUGGUAUUUGGGAAAAAUUCAGCCCGGCCCAGAGAUGAAGUGCAAGAGGUUGUAUAUUUCUCAGCUGCUGAUCACGAACAGGAGAGCAAGGUUGAGUGCACUUACAUUUCAAUCGACCAAGUUCCCAGGACCCAUGCCAUAAUGAUAAGCAGACCCGCCUGGCUCUGGGGGGCAGAAAUGGGAGCCAAUGAACAUGGAGUGUGCAUAGCCAAUGAAGCUAUCAGCACCAGAGAGCCAGCUACUGAGACAGAAGCCUUGCUGGGGAUGGAUCUGGUCAGGCUUGGUUUAGAAAGAGCGGAAACAGCUAAAGAAGCCUUAGAUGUCAUUGUCUCCUUGUUGGAAGAGCAUGGACAAGGUGGGAAUUACUAUGAAGAUGCAAACUCCUGCCACAGCUUCCAAAGUGCAUAUCUGAUUGUGGAUCGUGAUGAAGCCUGGGUGCUCGAGACCGUGGGAAAGUACUGGGCUGCCGAGAAAGUCACAGAGGGAGUCAGGUGCAUUUGCAAUCGGCUUUCGCUCACCACUAAGAUGGACGCAGAGCAUCCGGAACUCAGGAGUUAUGCUCAGAGCCAAGGUUGGUGGACGGGAGAGGACGAGUUCAAUUUUUCCGAAGUCUUUUCUCCAGCUGAGGAUCAUCUAGGCUGCUGCGCUGGCAAAGACAGCUUAGAGAAACAAGAAGAAAGCAUCACAGUGCAGACUAUGAUGAACACCUUACGGGACAAAGCCAGUGGAGUGUGCAUAGACUCUGAGUCUUUUCUCACCACGGCCAGCGGAGUGUCUGUCCUGCCGCAGAAUAGGAGCUCUCCAUGCAUUCACUACUUCACUGGGACCCCCGAUCCCUCCAGGUCCAUAUUCAAGCCUUUCAUCUUUGUUGAUGACGUAAAGCUUGUCCCCAAAACACAGUCUCCCUGUUUUGGGGACGAUGACCCUGCCAAAAAGGAGCCUCGGUUCCAGGAGAAACCAGACCGCCGGCAUGAGCUGUACAAAGCCCAUGAGUGGGCACGCGCCAUCAUCGAAAGUGACCAGGAGCAAGGUCGCAAGCUGAGGAGCACCAUGCUGGAGCUGGAGAAGCAAGGCCUGGAAGCCAUGGAGGAAAUCCUGACCAGCUCUGAGCCCCUGGACCCUGCCGAAGUGGGGGACCUUUUCUAUGACUGUGUUGACACGGAGAUUAAGUUCUUUAAGUGAAGUAAACGUUCUCUUUCCCCUUCUUAUUUAAGACUUCCCACCUUACUAAAUUACCAGCAAAACAAACCACUCUCCUGUUUGAGUAAAAUGAGAACGUUAA